AUGGACUUUGAGCAGGUCACUGCUCGCUUUCGAGAUGGAUUAGGUCGAGUCUCCGGACGCUUUGGCGGCGGGGGAGUUGCCCUUUUCGUAGUAGGCAUCCUCGUACUGGCCAUCAUAGUUUGGCUGGGCACCGGCGUUUAUACCAUCGGUCCCGGUGAAAACGCCGCCCUGCGCCUCUUCGGUGCGGUAGGAGGCAGUCCGGUAACCCAGGAAGGUCUCCACUGGUGGUGGCCUACGCCAAUCGGCAAGAAGGACGUGCUGCGGGUAACCGAAACCCGGCGUAUGGAGUUGGGUUUCCGCGGCAACGAGACCGGCGCGGCCAAUCCCUUCCCCACCGAAGCCUUGAUGAUCAGCGGCGACCUGAACAUCGUGGACGUCCAGAUGGUGGUGCAGUACAACAUCAAGAGCCUGAACGCAUUCCUGUUCCGGGUGGCCGACCCGGGUGAGGACAGUCGGCCCAUGACCCAGGGACGGCCCGAUGGCCGCACUCUUAAAGAUGCUGCCGAGGCCGCAUUGCGGUUGGUAGUGGGCCAGCGUUCUAUUGACGACGUUCUGGUUCGCAACCGUGAAGAGGUUGAGGAACAGACGAAAAUCAGGCUGCAGGAAAUUCUGGACAGCUACAGCACCGGCAUUAACAUUGAAACCGUGCAGCUUCAGGACGUGAAAGCCCCCGAAGAGGUGCGCGACGCUUUCGACGACGUGCUGAGAGCCCGCCAGGAGCGGGACACUCGCAUCAACCAGGCCAGGGCCUUUGAAGCCGAUAUUAUCCCGAGGGCCGAGGGUGACGCCGAACGGAUUACGGAAGGAGCCGAGGCCUUCAGGCAGGCCCGUAUCGCCAGGGCUGCUGGUGAAGCGGCACAGUUUACUUCCAUCCUGGCGGAAUAUCAGAACUCCAGGGAAGUAACACGCCAGCGCCUCUAUCUCGAGGCAAUGGAAGAAGUGCUCCCGGGGGUCAGCAAGAUUAUUGUUUCUCCCGAGGCUGAAACUGUCCUGAUACUUGGCCAGGGAGAGGGUGGGCUUACGCCGGUGCCCAUAGGACCCCAACCCUAA